CGGUAUUCUCCAUGGGGCUAGCUGGCAAGCUAGCAGCGCCCGCAGAAUCCAUAUGACACCGCGGGAUACGGCGUCGUUUAGAAGGGCGAGAGUCUGUUGUGAUCCGUCCACGUGGCUCGUACCCUCUCUGAUCUUUGUCUCUGUCUUCUUCAAAUGCAUCUACUCUCUCGAUUUGCUCCCUUUUUCCUUUCUACUCUCCACUGAGCUUAUUAACUUCUGGAAUGGAAACUGCGAGCUCGUGCAAAUUCAUUUGUUCGUAGAUUUCAAGUCCGUACAGUAAAGCUGUUACUGAAUUCUCAAUAUUGUUUUCUCGGUCUCGGAUUAGUUUUCGGAGGGUUUUAUCAUAGCGGCUUGCGAGUUUGAAUAAGUGGGAGAGGGAGUUGGUGAUUUUAAGGCAAUUGGGUGAUGAUUCAAUGGAGGAUUCGGUGACAAAAUUGGGGGAGAAGCGGCUAAUCAUGAAACAUGAAUUGGUGAGAGUUAUCAUUCAGUGUCUGUAUUCAUUAGGUUAUGGGAAGUCUGCAGCUUGCUUAGAAUCUGAGUCUGGACUUUCAUGCAAAUCCGCGGAGUUUGAAACAAUCGAGUCACAAGUUCUUGAUGCGAAGUGGGAUGAAUGUAUUGUGAGCAUUAAUGGAUUAAAGGGAUUAACUGAUGAAAAGAGAGCUUCGGCUUUAUUCCUCGUUCUCAAGCAGUGUUUGAUAGAGUGUUUGAAAAGCGGGGAUGAUUCUGCAGCAUUAGAGAUGCUGCGGACACAGAUUGCUGGAUUAAAAGUAGGGAAGGAGAAUAUUCAUAGACUUGCUUACGAGAUAGUCUCUCCCCAGGAUUCAGGGUUGGAUAACUUUGACCAUGGUUUAAUUCCCAACUUGCGGAAGAAACUCGUGAUUGAACUUGAAAACGUGCUGCCACCACCAAUCACGUUGCCUCAAAGACGGUUAGAAUAUUUGGUUGAAAUGGCUGUCAGUUCUCAGAUUGAUAGCUGUAUCUACCAUAGUUUCUCUACAGUGUCACUUUAUGAAGAUCACCACUGUGACCGUGCUCAGUUUCCUACGAAGACCAUACAGAUUUUAAGCAAUCAUGGUAAUGAAGUUUGGUAUGUCCAGUUUUCCAAUAACGGUGAGUACUUGGCCUCAUCAUCAAGUGACUGUUCAGCAAUUAUAUGGAAGGUGCUGCCUGAUGGUAAGGUGGCCCAGAAGUACACGUUGCUGGGUCACAAGAAACCUGUGUCCUUUGUAGCAUGGAGCCCCGACGACACCAUGUUGCUGACCUGUGGAAAUUUAGAAGUUGUCAAACUUUGGGACGUGGAAACGGGUACCUUCAAGCAUACAUAUGGAAAUGACGGUUUCAUUGUCAGCUCAUGUGCUUGGUUUCCAGAUUCCAAGUGGAUUGUCUGCGGCAGUUCAGACCCUGAGAAUGGCAUAUACAUGUGGGACUGUGAAGGUAAUGAGAUAAAAGUAUGGAAAGGGAUGCGGAUGCCGAAGGUUUUGGAUCUUGCUGUUACACCAGAUGGGGAGAAUCUUAUUAGUAUCUUUGCUGACAAAGAAAUCCGAAUACUAAAUGUGGGAACAAAUGCCGAGCGUGUCAUUGCCGAGGAGCAUCCAAUCACGUCCCUUUCCGUAUCGGGGGAUGGUAAAUUCUUCAUCGUCAACCUCAAUAGUCAGGAGAUUCAUAUGUGGGAUGUUGCAGGGGCAUGGCUGAAGCCAUCCAAGUACAAUGGCCACAAACAACAUAAAUAUGUGAUACGAUCCUGCUUUGGAGGAUUGGAUAGCACAUUUAUUGCCAGUGGCAGUGAAGAUUCAAUGGUUUACAUAUGGAAUCGAAAGAGCUGUAACCCGCUUGAGAUCCUGUCUGGUCAUUUGAUGACCGUGAACUGUGUGAGCUGGAAUCCUACGAGGCACCAAAUGUUGGCUUCAGCAAGCGAUGACCAAACCAUCCGCAUAUGGGGGCCGAGCCACUCUAAGCAAGCGGCAAAAGGCUAACCUCAUCACCCGUAAAGUCUCUCUUGCAUUGUCAAAUUCGCACUGUAUGUGAAUGUAAAUGUUUAGCACCCCUCCCCUCUUCGUUUAUCCUUAACAAUUUUGUCCCAUGUAUACCCUGUAAAUUGCCAUUCUCCCAUGGCAUGUUUUGUCUUGUGCAGUCGCGCUGCUCCUUCCCGGUUUCUGUUUUUUUCUUUUCUCGAGUUUCAGGAACUGCCGGAGCGGCAUUAGUCUCAAGGUGAUCAAACUCCCUUUUUGAGUCCAGGGUUUAAUAUAAAAUUUUUUUUUUUCGAGAACUUAAUAAGUGAUGCUUACAAUUGAUAUAGAUGUUGAUGAUGUUUCUAGGAUGGUGUAUACAAUGUACAGUUCAUACCUAGUUGGAAGAGUUCAGAUUGGAAAUUUGUGGUUAUGGAAAUUUCACUUGUAAAUUUCUUGAUC